AAGAUAGAGAAAGAGAGAACUGAUAGAAUAUUCCUUUAAACAAAAAGCUUAAUGAGUCAAUUUUCGGAAUCCAGUUGGAUAUUUGAUCUUGAAUAGUAAACAACAGUUCUUUUUUAUGAAUUUUAUUUAUCAAGAAGUGAAAAAAAAAGAAUUAAUAGACAGAACGGCUGGUUCACAAGUAGCACUGACAAAAGAGCUAUUAAAACUUCAAUAAAAAAUUUUGAUAAGGUUAAUAAAAUAGUUUAUUUCAACAUACGAAAAGCCAAGCAUGAAACCCUUCUAUUGGAUAUCAAAAAUGAUGUAUAUAUUAAUUUUGAUACUUAACAUCAAAGACGGUGUUGCGGAUAAUUUUUCAUCAUUAAGGCUACGAAAGGCACGCAAUUUACAACAAACAAAAACAACCAGCGAUUGUGAGAUAAUAUCGGAGGCAAUACAAUCUCUUGGCCUUAAACUUGAUCAGUCGUUCAAAACUAUUGAAUAUAACAUGAUGGAGCGUAUGUCAAAAUUGGAUGAUAAAGUUAAUCUCUUACACGACAAGAUGUUUAAAGAAAACAUUUUGACAUCAUCGAACAGAAUGCCGCGACCAGAAACGGAAAGCAUUGAGAGCAAAAUUGAAUUAAUUGAACAACAAAUGGACAAUAUUAAGGCAAAACUGAAUGGAUUUGUAGAAAUGAUUGGUGAUAAAUUACUCAAUAACAACCAUAAAACAAGUGAAGAUGAUUCAAAGAGCCGAAAUGUUAAUUCAAUUGUCGAGGCCGCGAGUGAAGAAAUGAUUACAAGAUUUAACGGAUUUAAUACCGCAAUCGAUGAAAUGAAUAGAAAGAUACAACAAAAUAAAAAUUUACUAAUGCAAAACUACGGAGAAUUAAUGACGAUCGCAGAACAUUUAAAUAACAAGAAAAACGACAAUUCCAGUGUUUUGACACAACAAAACGACCAUCGCAUUCAGCAGCAACAACAACAACAGAAGAAAGAACGCGUUUUUGAUCAUUCAAUGUUGAUUAACGAAAUAUUGAGGAUGGUCAGGAACAGACUGAGUGGAGACAAUAGUGAGAAUGAGAAUAUGGCUAUUAAAAAACUACCAGUUUUGACUGCGGAUUCUCCAUCAAGAAGAAUAAACGUCGAUGAUGCAAAGUAUAGUUCAUCAACCUUGCUCAUGAAUCUUAGUCCUAUUAGAGAUGAUGAACUCAAAUCUCAAUUGAGUGAAAAAAUCGUAUCACGUAAAGACGGAAUUGUAUUUCCUAGCAUUAAAAAUAAACCAUCGAAUAUUAAUACAACCUUCACAACUGAUACUCUGGCUUAUAAAGACAUUAAAGGAUUUUCAUGUACGGAAUUGAUGAAUGCAGGCAUGCGACAAUCAGGUGUCUAUUAUCUUCAGAUCCGUGGUACAACCUAUUGGUUUUUGAAAGUCUUUUGUGAACAAGAAAUUGCAGAUGGUGGAUGGACGGUAAUUCAACGUCGUGAUGAUUUUGGCGAGCCACGAGAAAAUUUCAAUCGCGAUUGGGCUGACUACAAAAAUGGAUUUGGAGAUCCAGCAAAAGAGUUUUGGAUGGGAAAUGAAAACAUUUAUAUGCUUACAAAUAACGAGGAUUAUGUAUUACGCAUUGAACUAGAGGACUUUGAGGGCAAUAAAAGAUAUGCCCAAUAUUCGCACUUCAAAGUCAAUCCAGAAGCUGAUUAUUAUAAACUUGAGAUUGAUGGAUACGAGGGAAAUGCCGGCGACUCAUUGAAUGACCCAUGGCAUGGUUCAAAUAACAGCCCAUUUUCCACAUACAAUCGAGAUAAUGACAGAAGUUCAUUGAAUUGCGCUAGCAUGCUCAAGGGUGGAUGGUGGUGGAAGAGCUGCGGUAGAGGACUAAACGGUCCCGGCCCAAGUCUUGAUAGCAUUUCAAGAGGCGGAAUCGUUUGGUUUCAAUGGAAUGGAUAUGAUUAUGCUCUCAAAAAAACUGUAAUGAUGAUGAAGCCAAUAUCAAAAGUGACAUAAAAAGUUUCAUAUUCUAUAACAAAAAAUCAUUAAUAAGUUCCAAUUAUGGGAUAUAAUCUAACAAUGUUGUUACUCUACGUAAUAACAAAUCAAGCAUAUUUGCUUUAUAAUUCAAGGUCCAGCAUUCUGUAGUUGAAAAGACACAUGUUAAUCCUAUUGUUCUCUUAAACCAUUCUCUAUAAGUGUCCCGUGCGAGAAAAUAACAAGAUUAAACCUCAAAACAUGCUAAUUUAUAAUUUAUGCCAUAAUAAUAUUAGCAUUCGAAUUUUUUGUCAUUUUCUGUUCACACCAGCGUGUCACUCGCGAAAAAAUCUUUGAGUAGAUUAUCUUAAAUUAGGAGGAUGGAUGUUGAUUGGUUGUUUGUCUGUCUGUCACGAAAAUCUUACUCUGUUUUUUCGUUAUAAGCUACUACUCGUUACUAAGCUGCUAGUGAGCCAAAAAAAUCACUUUUUUGACGUCCGAAAUUAACAGUCAUUUUUCAAAAAGAACAAUGGAUUUCCAGGAAUUACUAUUGUUCUUUUUUUGAUGACCCCCCCCCCCCCCCCCCCCCUCCCCCCUGGACU